AUGCGUCCAACCAGUCGACUACUCGCGGCUCCCGCGACGCAGGCGUUUCGUCCGGGCCAAAGAGCUUCCGCACUCGCUCUCCUCCCUCCUAUUCCUCUGUACCGGAGACUGCUACGGAUACACCGCAAGAGAUUAGGACCAGAAGAACGAAUCUUUGGAGACACCUAUUUGAAGGCGGAGUUCCGGCGACAUCGAGACAUCGAGAACCCACUCCACAUUGUGGGAUUCCUCACCGAGUGGCAGAAUUACGGGCAGAUGCUCGAGGGGGAGGAUUGGCAAGAGCAAAGGAUCGACCCGGGCGUGAUGGACAAGAUGAGCGACCAACAAAUAGGUCAGCUGUAUGAACUGAUGCAGGCCAUACAAAAGAGAGGGAGAGACAGCGUGGACGAAGAAGAAGACGGUCCUAUCCUCGAAGCCAUCGCAGAUGCCACGUCGAGAGAGAAGUAG